UAUAAACUCUUGUUUAUGCAAUCAAAAUCGUUUAAAAAAGCUGUUCCGUUUGUUUCUCGCCCACAAGUUGCUCAGUUUUGUUCGAGCUACCUAGCAGAAUUCGAGCAGUUCUAUAAUCUUCUGACAAGUUGUACAAACAUCCAAGACGGCCAAACGGAGACAUCAAUGAAGAUCUCUGCAGUUUUCGUGUUUGCUUUUGUGGCCCUGUGUGCUUUUGAAUGCUGUGUUUCAGAUGAAUGGGAAAAGCAGAAUACCUCACCAGUGUGUUUUGGGGCAAAGGACGGACAAUUUGGCAAGUUCUUUCUUCGAGAUUCUGGAGGAAGGCUGGCCGCUGUGAUGUUGGAACACCUGUACGGGUACGUGACCUGUGACGCACGACAUGUCUCCUAUUGGUCUUACUGGGGCUGUGGCUUGUACGGCUGGGGACUGGGCAAGAUAAAUGUCGUAAUAACAACCUCGGGCAAUCACGUUCUUUUGCCACCAAGCCAGUUCAUUGAACAUCAUGGAGGUAAAUGGUCCAGGGUUCCCGGAUAUGACUCCCUUUCCCCAAACCUAGUGCUGUCCUUUUUCAGCCCCGCCCACGUUAGCCACAACCAAGAGCUACGGAUAUGGUAUGGCGAAGAUCUGAUGAAUAGUGCCGAGGGAGACAAUGGAGGCACCGCUUGCGUUGAUGUCUAUGCAAUUUACGUCUGAGCUUUCACUGAGGAGCAAGCAGCCAUGACAGAAAAUCUCAUCGCUUUGUAGCUAAUGAAAUCAUAAAGUGGGAACAUAAGCUUAUUUUCAAUAUCAAUGUUAUCAUUUUCCUGUUUUUGAGACCAUCGUUAUUUGUUAUGGAGGGGGGGGGGGUAGGGGAGCGUAGGAGGAUUUGAUUGCGGUCGGAAUCACAUGGUUUCAAGGGGAACGAAGAGAGGUUCAGCCACCAGUAACAGAGAAAUGAAGAGGGGAUUAUAUAAAAUUGGGCGUUUCCUUUAUCCUAUUCAUCCAUUGUCCCAUACCUUCCCUCCUUUAGGAGUCUGGCUUCGCAGGCUGCAGUUUUCUGAUAGGGUCAAUUAUUCUUAUUGAAUUGGUAGAAUGUAGAAAUAGUCCGAACCCUCC